AAACUUGCUGAUAGGUGCACCUGUUGUGUAUGAUUAUGAAUGACAAACCAUGGUCAUCUCAGUGACUCAAAUGCCUGUGUCAGCAUAUAGGACCAGCUAUUGAGGAGGCAGAUUCUCGCCACUGGUCAUUUGCUAAAUACUGACCACACCCAGUGACCAAAGAACAGAUCGUCAUGGGAUUGGUUUAAAUAUGGACCAUCAAAGGUUUAAAAGCAAAAGCGUAGGCUCACAUUUAGACCAUUGGAAUUUCGUGGUACCUCAAACAAAACGUUUGCCUUUCAGAAGAAGAAGUUUGUGCUAUUAUGACCAUGUGGACCACUGUACUCUGUCUCUGCUUCGCCAGUGCAAUUUCAGCUGCACCUCUUGGGCCAUUCUUCAGUUACCUUCCUCAGUAUGACAGUCCAAGACAAUCGGGUCCUUCAACACAGGGGAACAAUGUUCACUACUCACAGCCAGGCUUCAAUGCCCCAGUCAGCAUGGAAAUAGUAUUUCCCCAGCGGUACCCCACCAACCCUGCAGGAGGCUCGCCCAACGGCCCUGUAUAUCGUUCACAGGCUUUCAUCAAGUACUCCAUACCCAAAGCCCCUGGUCGCAAGAGUGUAGAAGUGUAUUACCCUUAUGAUUUCGGGCAGCAGAACUUCCCAAAUGUUCCACAAAUGCCCCCAGCUACAAACCUUUUCCCAUUCAACUUCCCUGUCCCACCACAAACUGUUCCUCAGCAGCCUCCUCAGGUCCCACCGUACCAGCCACUCCAACCCCAGGACACACUGCAGUUAGCGCAGCAGGAGCAGCAGGCCCAGCAGGCCCAGGCAGGAGGAACGUUACCGUGAAGGAAUAACCUGAAUGUUUACUAGAUAUUUGAAGACACUAUAAUAUUUUAUCUUUAAUUUAAAUUAUAUUUGUUGUUGUUACUAGUAUGCAUAAAUGACCAGAUGUGUUGUGUUUUGCAUUUUUACCCAUAGAAGCAUGUAAAUGCUAUGAAGAUACUUUUUUAGAAACAAUGUUAUUAUUGCACUGAUUAUACUGACUAAUGCCUAACUGCAGCUAAUUUCUUAUGUGAAAUAUCACACUAUUAAUAAAUUUGAGCAUCCAAA